CGCCGGGCAUCGCGGGCAUCGCACACAAACGCAACCUGCAGCCAUGGCACAGAAGCUCGCGCCACCGACGGCGGCGGUCGUCGUCGUCCUGCUGGCGCUCGCCUUGUCGGCCGCCGCGCAGAACUGCGGGUGCGCGUCGGGCCUGUGCUGCAGCCGGUUCGGGUACUGCGGGACGGGCGAGGACUACUGCGGCGCCGGGUGCCAGUCGGGCCCCUGCGACGUGCCGGAGACCAACAACGCGUCCGUGGCCAGCAUCGUGACGCCGGCCUUCUUCGACGCGCUCCUCGCGCAGGCCGCCGCCUCGUGCGAGGCCAACGGCUUCUACACCCGCGACGCCUUCCUCGCCGCCGCCGGCUACUACCCGGCGUUCGGCCGCACCGGCACCGUCGACGACUCCAAGCGCGAGAUCGCCGCCUUCUUCGGCAACGCCAACCACGAGACCAUAAAGUUCUGCUACAUCAACGAGAUCGACGGGCCGAGCAAGAACUACUGCGACCGGAACAACACGCAGUGGCCGUGCCAGGCGGGGAAGGGGUACUACGGCCGCGGCCCGCUGCAGAUCUCCUGGAACUUCAACUACGGGCCCGCGGGGCAGAGCAUCGGCUUCGACGGGCUGGGCGACCCCGACGCGGUGGCGCGCAGCGCCGUGCUCGCGUUCCGCUCCGCGCUCUGGUACUGGAUGAACAACGUGCACGGGGCCAUCGUCUCCGGCCAGGGCUUCGGCGCCACCAUCCGGGCCAUCAACGGCGCGCUCGAGUGCGACGGCAAGAACCCCAACUCCGUCAACAACCGCGUCGCCUACUACAAGCAGUUCUGCCAGGAUUUCGGCGUCGACCCGGGCAACAACCUCACCUGCUGAAUGAUCUCUCUCUCAUUGGGUUGUUGUCCUGUACUUACACAUGUGUUGGUUGAUGGAUAGAUGGCGAUUGCGUGGUGCGGAUGUUUCGGUUUGGCGGUGUCAAUUCUGAUAUGCGCGUCGGUGCUGUUCUGAUACUGACUAUAUACGGAAAUAAAAAUCUGAUUUGCAUUAGCUUUCGUUU